GGUUUGGUGAGCAUCAAGUGGUUCACUUGUGCUUGUGUUGGUCAGUUGGUGUAGUUUGCUAGCAGCUGGCUAGCUUUAGACACUGCCAACACAUAAGCCAUUAUGACUUUGAAGCUAUUGUUUGAUGUGGCUUUGCUCCUGUCUUCAUGGUCGAUUGCAGGAUGCGACUUUAAUAUGGAAGGAGUUCUACAAAUGGAGUGUCAUGAGCGUCAUGUCAUGAUAGCUUUGGACCUCUCGGCCACUGGAACUGAUCCUCAUUUUGAGGCUGUUGAUGGAACAGGUGUUUAUCCCAUCACGGACGAAUAUGCUUCAAAGUGUGGUUACAGUGUCAGCAUUCUCCCUUUCUUGGGCCUUGCGGAGCUUAGAGCAUCUUACUUUAGUUGUAACACUGAGAGCAAAGAUGAUGUCUUCACUUUCAAAUUCAACCUGGUCACGAACCACAAUGCGGUGGAGGCGUUCUAUGCACUGAACAAGACUUGUUCUCCUCCUUCACCUUGGUCUCCUAGAGAGGUUACCUGUGAGGUCAACUACAUGGAAGUGUCUGUGAGGACUGAAUUCCCCUGCCCUUCUGGAACAAACGAAUGGGACUCUCUAAAACUUGCUAGCAGUACCUCAGACUGGCAAGUGGCAUUUCAAAGACCAGAGGAGCAGCUGUCACCUAUGAACCUCACCCAGGCUCGUAAGCUGGGCUAUGUGUUUGACCUACUGUUGGACCGGAUUGUGUUUCGAACGCCAUAUGGUCAACAUGAGUCCUACAACACAAAGGUGAACGGCAUUCCAGUGGAGGUGGUCCAUGCAGCUGUGUUCUCCAGGAAAAGUUGGAUUGUCCUCAUGGUUGACCUGGUUGCUGCCUGCUCAACGCAUGAAGGAUCAUACAACAGUGGGUACAUGUUUUGGAGCACUCCAGAGGCGUUGUAUGCCAGUUACAACAGAUCACAACUCAGUGUUGGCCUUAAUGGUGAACUUAUGGAGCCAGAAACUGCAGCGCAGAAGGGCUUUAUAAUGGAAAUGCUCAAUUCCACAAUCAAAAUUGGCAUUCCUUAUAAUGCUGACGGGGGCUUUAGGAAGACCUUUGUGAGCAAUGGCAUCUUUGAGUUCUACAUAUUCUACCUGCACAUGAAGCAAACUCUUGUGGAUGAACGUUCUGAAGAGACCACACUCAGAUUUCACAGGACCCUAAUUUCUCCCCUUCUGCCCUGCACGCUUGUCACUGAAGACCGAACCAUCAAGGCUGAGGGCAUGUUCACAAUCUACCUUGAAGUCCCCAGAGAUGUUCAGCUGACAUCUGUCCAACUGAAUGGGCAAGGAUUUAAAGUGCCAUUUGGCAACAACACUCCUUUCAUUCUGGCAGAAGCUCAUUUGAACAAAACUCAAAGCUUCACUUUAAAAGUGCCACUACAUGAUCCAGUUGUGAUACAGCAGUUCUCGGAACAGAACGCAGCCAUGUUUCACAAACUGGAUGUGAACUACACACUGACUGCUGUACCAGAGAAUGAACCGUACUACCACACCGUAUCGGUCAAGGUCUUGAUGGAUGUCUCUCCUCCAUCGUUUAACUCUGUGUGUAAUGCAUCUGGAAUCAGCUUUGAGCUGGCCCAUCGGUCUUACGACUACCUGUGGGACAUCAGUAUUGGCCCAGACCAGCUGACACUGGAGCUGGCAGCCAAGCGUGGCUACAUCAUAAGCAAUUCUAGCAACAGCCUGCUGGUUUUUGUGCCACUUUUCGCUAAAGGAUUUGAAUACAAGAAUAUUGGUCUAAAAAAAUUCCUCGGUACAUUUGAGAUCCUUGUGAAAUCUCGUGACAAACCAAAUAUCUUGACUUCAACAGUGAAGACUUGUCAGUUCAACUCAACGGAACUCAUUAUCUGUUCUACUAACGGUUGGAUGACUGUGGUGACCGACCUUUUCCGAGUCCUCCCAAAUGGUCAAAUCCCAACAGGAACUCAUCUCUCAAAUAACCUCUGUGUGGCCAAGGAAAUGGAUGGCACCAAAGUGCUCUACUCGUUUCCACUGAAUAGCUGUGGAUCUGUAGUCAAGCUGUCAAGGGGGAAUGUGGUUUAUCAAAACCAGAUUUUCUACUAUUUUGGCAACUCUAGUUCCACCGAAGGGCUUACUAUGCAGUGUACGUACCCUUUGACUAGUCUCUACAGCCUCUUCUCGACGUACAGAUUUGAUUCCGAUAAAGAGGGUGUUGGCAGCAUUAUCUAUCCCUUGGACAACACAAAAGUUUUCCCAAGUACCACUGUGCCACCUGCUGAAACUCGGACCACAACUGCUUCCCAUAGAACCAGAAGCCCCAACUUGUACAUGCCCUCCUUCUACCCGACCGCUCGCUACAUAAGGGUUUAUAGGACCCAUAACCUACUGGGUUCCUACAAAGCCCCUCCAGAGAGUGUGAAAGUACUGGAAUAUGUGUAACUCUGGAAAAUUGUAGAGUUGUAUUAACGCCCAAUAAAGUUGUUAAACCUACUGCA